AUGAGCAUCGAGUGCCGAACAGCCACCCCUGACCACACCGCUUCCGGUGAGACAGGUCAGAAGGUAACCUGUAAUUUGUGGAAAGGUCUUGUGUGCAACAACGCUGAUCAGAAGGAACCAAUGUGCUUCGACUACGAGGUCAGACUUGGCUGUCUGAAACAGACACAGGAAUGUUUGUCUAAGAUCCCCACCGCCACACCCACCGCCGGCCCGUCUGUCUCCCCCACCUACAACGUCAACCUCAUCCCCUGCUACACUGGAAUGGACCUGAGUCAGUGCCCCAAGGAGGGUUGUUCUAGCGGCUUCUUCUGUGACGGAGUCAAGUGUGUCCGCAAGGCCGAGUGUCCAUGCAUGAUUGAUGGACAAGUUGUUCUGCCUGGUCAAAUCACCCAAAACAGCAACUGUGAUACCUGCCAGUGUGUGAGCGGCGAGGUCAAGUGUCUCCCCAAGACCUGUCCAGACUGCAAAGAGGGUCUCGAAACCGUUCUGGAUAAGGAUACAUGCGAAUGCGAGUGUGAGGCAUGCGCAAUUGGAGACUUCCGUUGCGGAAAUGGCCAGUGUAUCCCCAGCUCUGCCCGAUGUGAUGGUGUCGCCGACUGUACCACCGAUGAGUUCGAAUGCUUGACAACAAGCGUUGCUCCCAACACCACCGUUCAUCUUCCACCACACGUGCCUACACCAACUGCCUGUGUCGAAGUCACGUGCUCUCCCCUUGUUCAGCCUCCACUGAAACAAGGUGAGGUCGCCAAGGUCAUCAAGGGCUCGGAUGGAUGCUGUGAGGAGUAUCUGGUUGUUUGUGAGCCACGUCAAUGUCCACAGAUCUCCAAGGACUGCAUGAAGCCCGAGAUCCUCACCAUGGUCGACAGCGGCGACAGGUGCUGCCCACAGUACACUUGUGCAUGUCCACCAAAGUGUCCAGUUCCAACUCAACCACCAUGUGCUUUCGGAUCCCAGGUCGUGGACAUCAUUGGUGGCUGCAACUGCACAACCAAGGCAUGUGUUGCUGGCACCCCGAGCCCCUUCCCUGUGGUGACCACAGCCAUCCCCACGCCAAUCUGUAGAUACUCAAUGACCAAGAUGGUGACCAAUGGUAAGGAGGUGGAUCGUACUAAUCCAGUGGAGGUGACCCACACCGUUGGUCAGCAAUGGGCGGAUGGUCUGUGCAAGACCUGCCAGUGUGUCAACAGCACCAGUAGUACUGCAGAAACAACAUGUCGGGAACAACGGUGUCCAGCCUGCAAGCUGGGAGAAGAGAGACGUCUGACCGACGGCACCUGCUGUGGAGAAUGUGCUAAGAUUGGUUGCGUUGUCAACGGCACGGUUUACAAGAACGGAGAGAAGAUCCAGCCUUCUAUGAAGUGUUUCGAGAAGAUGUGUACAGUUGACAUAAUGACAGGCGACUUCAUCCUCCAGCAAACCCAAAUACAGUGUGAAAAUAUCGACAAGCUGCCCCAGUGCACAGGAAGCGAAAAGGCCUACGAUUCUACUGGAUGCUGUCUCAGAUGCGUGCCUAAAGGUGGGUGA